AUGACUUGCCAAGGUGGUUCUCGCUCUUCUGCUUGCUGCGGUGGAGAAUCCAAAGAUAUCAAGCCCCGGGAUGAAUGUGUUCCUCAGGCUCCUGGCCAAGGCCAAGUGAGCUGCUGCACCACAGAGAAGCCGCAGGAAGAGGACCCCAACGAACCCAGUUGCUGCAAAGAUAAGCCAUCUCCGUGUUGUGAUAUGUCUUGCGUGGACCGCAUCGCCCUGCGCGAGUGCGAUAAAAGACAGAUUCCAUCACCUACCAGUGCGUCUUCAAGUCUUCCUAGUUCAGGGUGCAGAAGCGCCGACGGCAACCCAUGCGACCAACAUCGCCGUUCUGCGCGUGCAAAAUACGCAGCGAAACUCGAUGCUCUGGGCUGUAUCUGCCGCGCUUUGAUAGCCCUUGGGCAAGAAUCCUGCUGUGUCCCGCCGAGACUGAAUUCCCUUCGUCAACAGCGUCGCUCGGGAGAAUCUUCCCGGGGAAUUCUGCAGUCUGCUCGUGAUUCUUGCUGCGAAGGGGGCUCUUCGGGCGCAGAGAAACGCUGUAGCGGAAGUCCGGAGGGAAAAAGGAAGUCAAUUUCCACCAGCUGUCUCAGCGCUCCUGAGGUGCCUGUUGCUUCUAAACAGUGCUCUAGUGGCUGUUGCAGUAUGCCUGAGACGUCCGCAACCCACCUUCAAGAUUGCGGUACAUCAAAUGUCACUCAGUCCUUGACAACCUCGCAACGCUUGUCUUCUGGAAAGGAGACUUCUGAGGCCAGUGCCUCCCCAGAUGGUUGCUGCAGUAAAUCCUUGCGGCCUACCGGCGCGUUUCCUCCCGAGAAACCUUGCUCCUCCGGUUGCUGCAGCACGCCUAGGGCGCCCACUGGUGACUGCCCUGGAAAAAGCCCAAAGAGCACCGAUACAUGCCCAGGCGGCUGUUGCAGUAAACCCGCGCUUCCAGCCUGUGGUAUUACCGAAGAAAAAUCUAGCGACUCCAUAGAGGUCAUUCCCACUGCUAUCCCUGACCUCGAAAAGGGUAUCAUGAGCCAAGAGCAUAUCGUUUUGAGUAUAUCUGGAAUGACCUGCACUGGAUGCGAAACCAAGCUUAAGCGAAACCUGGGGGCUCUCAAUUCAGUCCAGAAUCUUAAAACCAGCUUGGUGCUGUCGCGGGCAGAAUUCGACCUUAAUGUCGGCAUCCAGUCCCUCGAGGAAGUGUUCAAGCACCUGGAGAAGACGACCGAGUUCAAGUAUGAAAGAGUCACGGACCGAGGAUCGCGAGUGGACAUCGUCGUCCCUAAUGCCUCUGAAUUUAUGAAACAAGACUGGCCUCGUGGUGUGACUGAGAUGGCUCUUAUUGAUGAACGAACCGUGAAUGUUGCUUUUGAUGCUACCAAAAUCGGAGCGAGAGAUCUGGUGCAGCAGGGCUGGGAUAGACCGCUUUCGUUGGCUGCUCCGCGUCAUGAUCCAGCUCUCGCGGCUGGAAACAAACAUGUGCGGCACGUGGGAUAUAUGACUAUUCUGUCCAUCAUCUUGACAGUGCCUGUCCUCGUCCUUGCCUGGGCUCCUCUUCCGGAGAGGGAGAUUGCUUAUGGCUCUGCAUCGCUGGCCCUGGCAACAGUCGUCCAGGUCAUUAUUGCCGGCCCGUUCUAUCCAAAGGCAUUGAAAGCGUUGAUCUUCUCUAGAAUCAUUGAGAUGGACCUGCUUAUUGUGCUGAGUACAAGCGCUGCCUAUAUUUUUUCUGUGGUUUCUUUUGGAUACCUUGUUGCGGGCCGGCCACUGGCCACUGGUGGAUUCUUCGAGACGAGUACUUUGCUUGUCACUUUGAUCAUGGUCGGUCGGUAUGUCGCUGCACUUGCUCGUCAGAAAGCCGUUGAAUCUGUCUCGCUCCGGACACUACAGACGCCUACUGCUAUCCUCGUAAAUGAUUCUGAGAAUGUGCAAAAUGUUGAUGUCCGACUCCUGCAGUAUGGAGACCUCUUCAAGGUCAUUCCAGACUCCAAGAUUCCCACCGACGGGACAGUUUUUGAAGGAUCAUCCGAGGUCGACGAAUCAAUGAUCACUGGGGAAUCAAUUCCAGUAGACAAGUUUCCUGGAUCUCCCGUUCUCGCAGGAUCCAUGAAUGGUUCCGGGACGCUGACCGUCAAGUUGACACGGCUCCCUGCUGAUAAUACGAUCUCCAUCAUUGCGGACAUGGUCGAUCAAGCCAAGCUGUCCAAGCCAAAGAUACAAGAUAUGGCGGACCGAGUGGCGAGCUACUUUGUCCCUGUUGUGGUCACUCUAACGAUCAUCACGUUUGUUAUCUGGAUUGCUAUAGGUGUUGCCGUGCGAAAUCAGUCCGGGUCCCGAGCCACUACGGAAGCAAUAACCUAUGCUAUUACAGUACUUAUUGUCUCAUGCCCUUGCGCUAUCGGCCUGGCAGUGCCCAUGGUUAUUGUUAUAGCUAGUGGUGUUGCUGCUGAACGCGGCGUUAUCUUCAAGACUGCUGACAGUAUCGAGGUCGCCUACAAGACUUCGCAUGUUGUAUUCGACAAGACCGGAACUCUCACCCGAGGCAAGCUCACGGUUGCAGCUGAGCAUAUAGACAGCACUAACGAUUCCAUGUCCCUACUCCUCGGUCUAAUCGGGAGUAACAAGCACCCAAUCUCGGCUGCGGUGGCCGCGCACCUUAAAGACAAAGGCAUAUCAGCAUCUACCAUCACUAAUACAAAAGUACUAACCGGCCGGGGCGUAGAAGGAUCUGCACCAGGCCUUACAGUUCGAGCAGGAAACUCACGGUGGCUCGACCUCUCGUCUAACCCGCAAGUCCAAUCAGUUCUUGAACAAGGUUAUACAGCAUUCUGCUUCACAGUCAACGACGCCCUAGCCGCCGUCUUUGGCUUAGAAGACUCCCUUCGCCCCGAUGCCCUUGAAACCAUCACUAAACUACAGCAGCGUGGCAUAUCCGUUCACCUCCUCUCAGGCGAUGAUGACAGCCCCGUCCGCUCCAUUGCAAGGCAGCUCAGCAUUCCAGAUCAAAACAUCCGCUCUCGCUGCACCCCAGCUGACAAGCAGGCCUACAUCCAAGCCCUCGCAACCUCAUCUCAUCAACAGCCACGCAGGACCAAGGCCACAAUAAUUUUCAUCGGCGACGGAACAAACGAUGCCAUCGCCCUGGCAUCUUCCACAAUCGGCGUGCACAUGAACCAAGAAACAGGAAGCGACGUCGCGAAAUCUGCCGCGGAUGUGGUGCUCAUGCGGCCCAGUCUACUCAGCGUUCUGACAAUGAUAACCAUCAGUGAAAAAGCGGUAAGGAGGAUCAAGUUUAAUUUUUGCUGGAGCUUUGUCUAUAACCUAUUCGCGGUGCUGCUUGGUGCUGGGGCUUUUGUCAAUGCUAGGAUUCCGCCCGAGUUUGCCGGAUUGGGGGAGUUGGUUAGCGUUUUGCCGGUUGUGGUUGCGGCUGUGCUUUUGAGGUGGUUGAGGGUUUAA